AUGACGAAGGUUGCCGUGAAGCCGGUGUUGAAAUCAAAACCGGGAAUGGUACACGUAGAACAGGCUACAGCAUUUUUGGCUAUUCGUAUUAGCUCAGAGAUAAGCAAUGGCGAAUCUUCAAACGCCGUUCCAUCAUCGAGUGAAAAGAGACUUGAACAAAAGCUAGAAGAAAGCUAUCAAUUGCUGGAAAAUGAGAAAGCGCAGGAUACAAAGAUGCUUCCUGAAGAAUUGCACACCAUGGAAGACAAAGUAACAGAUGAGUUUUCAAAAGAACAACAAGGGGAAGACAAUAUUGCAACUAGGUUGAAUGACAGUACAAAGAUGACAGUCGAAGUCAGUAGAAAUAAUAAAGCCAAUACAGCUUUGUUCGAAGUUGAUAUGGUUCUCACCAAAGCGCAAGCCGAUGAAAUCGUAUAUGAUAUUAAAACGAACGGAAAUAGUCCUACAAAACAUCAAGCAUAUCGUGGAGAAUCUUAUCCAAAUAAUACUUGGGCAAAUCACUUGGUGUAUUACUCCUUCAUGAAUGUAACCACCUCGCAACAUUGCGAUUUUGACGAAGAAUUAAGUUCAGCCGAUGCAGUCCAACGAGUAUUCGAAAAGCAACCCGAAAUUGAAGUGAAGACACCUGUCUAA